AUGCUUGCAUCCUUGCUCGUGGAUCGCGAACUCGACGGCAUAUGCUAUGACGUCGGCAUGCCAGUUCGGCACUCCGGGAGCCUUUUCAACGCGAGAAUUGUUGUGCUUGACGGCAAGAUAUUGUUGAUUAGACCUAAGAUGAGCCUCGCGAUGGCCGGGAAUUAUCGAGAAGGCCGAUACUUCAUACCCUGGUCUCCACCCCAACGCGUCGAGCAAUACGAACUACAUGAGCUUCCCGCUGCUGCGCGCUCUCUUCAAGAUUCAGCUUUCGUUCCGAUCGGAGACGCCAUCAUCUCUGCUCUCGACUGCUCAAUAGGCUACGAGACCUGCGAAGAGCUAUUCACACCUCGGGCACCACAUAUCGACUUGAGCUUAGCGGGCGUCGACAUCAUCAUCAAUUCGUCAGGUUCUCACCAUGAGCUCCGUAAGCUCGACACGAGGCUCGAUCUGAUCCGAACUGCGACAUCCAAGUGCGGUGGCGCGUAUCUUUAUAGCAAUCAAAGGGGAUGCGAUGGUGAUCGUCUGUACUACGAUGGCUCCAGCAUGGUCCUCGUGAACGGAACCGUGAGAGCACAGGCAUCUCAAUUUUCCUUGGAAGACGUUGCGGUUAUCACAGCAACUAUCGACUUAGAAAUUUGGUCAUACAGGACAAAUCCCUCGCGGGGCCUACAAGCUGCAUCAGCUCCUCGAUAUGAGCGUUUCAGGGCGGAUUUCCGCCUGUCAUCUGACGGAGACUUUGAUCCCAACAUCCGCCCCACUCCAGUACAGCCGCUCCGCUACCAUCGACCCGAAGAAGAGAUUGCUCUGGGACCUGCAUGCUGGCUUUGGGACUACCUCCGUCGAUCCGGUCAGGCUGGCUUCAUGCUGCCCCUCAGCGGAGGGAUCGAUAGCUGCGCCACCGCAACUCUGGUAUUCUCCAUGUGCCGCCUCGUGUACAAGGCUGUGCAGGACGGCAACAAGCAAGUUCUCAAGGAUGUCCGCCGCAUCGUAGGCCCCUAUCACGGCGAAGACUGGGUACCUACAAGCCCAGAGCAAAUAUGCAACGGCAUUCUUCAUACCGUAUACAUGGGCAUGUCUCAGCAAUCAAGCAAAGAGACCAGGAGUCGGGCCAAGAGGUUAGCCGAAGACAUUGGAUGCUACCAUGUUGAGGCCGAUAUCGACGACAUUUUUUUCGCCACAAAGAAUAACUUGACCAAGGCGUCUGGCUUCACGCCGCGAUUCAAGGCUCAUGGAGGCUCGCCUGCUGAGAAUCUGGCAUUGCAGAAUAUACAGGCCCGCACACGUCUAGUGCAAGCGUACUACUUCGCUCAAAUGCUCCCAUUAACUAGGGGUAGACCUAAUGGAGGUAGUCUUCUGGUCCUUGCCUCAGGAAACGUCGACGAGUGUCUGCGUGGGUACCUCACCAAGUACGACUGUAGCAGCGCCGACCUCAACCCCAUUGGCAGCAUCUCCAAAAGCGACCUCAAGAGCUUCAUUUUUUAUGCUCAGCACGAAUUUGACCUGCCCAUUCUCGGCGAGUUCAUCGACGCAACCCCAACGGCCGAACUCGAACCACUCACAGAAGACUAUGUCCAGAGCGACGAGGUCGAUAUGGGCAUGACAUACGCAGAACUCGGAGUCUUUGGCAAAUGCCGCAAAGAGCUUAAACUUGGUCCAUACGGAACAUGGGUUCGCCUAGCACACGAAUGGUCCGACAAGUAUACUCCCACCGAGGUCGCAGUCAAGGUGAAACGGUUCUUCCACUACUAUGCCAUCAACCGCCACAAGAUGACGACAAUGACGCCUUCCUACCAUGCGGAGGCAUAUUCGCCAGAUGAUAACCGAUUCGACUUGAGGCCUUUCCUGUACCCGCCUUUCUACCAAAACUGGAGCUUCAAGUGCAUUGAUGAGGAGGUGGCGAAGUGGGAGAAGAAGAAGCUGGAAAAGGAGAAGCUGGAGAGGGCUUGA